UAUCCAAGUAACAAACAAUCCAUGUUGUCAACAAAAAAAAAAACAACAAUCCAUGUUGCUAGAAACAAUGUGGAAUGUUCUUUCUUCCUCUCCACAAACACAAUUUCACAAUCCAAUUACAACAACACAACCAUGUUACUCUCAUCAUCUCCGAUUCAAACCCAUAACAACAAGAAUCACUUUCCCUUUCAAACCAAAAUGCCACCACCACCACCAACAACAACAACAAUCCAAAACCCAAGAUGAUGGAAUCCCAAUCGACGACGUAAAAACCUUAGCAAAAUUCAAAUCAAGACACAACUACAUCCGUGUUCUAGAAGUUUCUAGAAAAGCCGACCACCCAUUCCGCGGUUCUCGUCUUCUUCUUCUCGACAACCCUGGAAACAUUCACAGCAUUUCAUUUCUCUUCAAAACCCUAACCAACACUUACUUCGACGUUUUCGCUACACUCCCUCCUAUCAUACCUAAAGGACCCAUCGCUGUUCUCGGCUUCGGCGCCGGUUCCACUGCCCGAAUCAUCCUUAAUCUAUACCCUGAUACGGUUAUUCAUGGUUGGGAACUUGACCAUUCUGUAAUUGAAGUUGCUAGAGAGUUUUUCAACCUUGGAAAACUUGAGAGAGAAAAUAAAAACAGAAUUUUUGUUUAUGUUGGAAAUGCUUUAACUGCGAAUUUGGAAGGUGGGUUUUCUGGGAUUUUAGUUGAUUUGUUUUCGAAAGGGAGUUUGAUACCGGAGCUUCAGGAAGUUGCCACGUGGGAGAAGAUUCGCGGGCGGUUGAGGAAAGGUGGGAGGAUAAUGGUGAACGUUGGAGGGAGUUGUGUGGAGGCUGAGGAUAAGGUUAGAGAUGGGAGUGUUGUGAUGGAAGAGACAUUGAAAGCAAUGAGAAUGGUUUUUGGGGAGAAGCUUUUUGUACUAAGACUUGGGAACCGUGGGGAUGAUAGUUCUCUUGCUCUUACUGGUGAUUUUCCUGAAAUUGAUGCUUGGAAGAAUGCGCUUCCGUCAUCGUUGAGAUGUUAUGUUGAUUCAUGGACGCCAUAUUCCGGUUAGUGUAAUUGUUUGCGUUGAAACGAGCAUGCUCACCAAUUGUUUGUGUUUAUUCCUCUUUGAAAUGUAUGUUUUAUUUCUCUGUGGUUUGAGGAAUGGCACUGUCAAAUCCCAUUUUUGUGCAGAAUAUAAUGGUUGGAAUUUUAUUUUACUGAUUGACAUGAAGGAUGUAACUUGUAAUAUAACAUACGAUUAAAUUAGUAUAAGCAAGAUGCUUAAUUAUUCACCUAAUAGGAGUGUUUCUAAAAUGGAUAUAAAUAUAGUACAAGUUACAAA